UAACGAUCGAACGAUGGUCGAUGAGUCAAGUCAGCUCACAGAAACCAGAAGCGUUUGUUUGCCGCUUUAAGGCUUAGCUACGCGGCAUUGGUGCUUUAGUCUGCUGGCGUAUCUGCUUCAAAUCGGACGGUUUGACUUCAAACGGCUAUAGCGUUGCUUCAAUCGCUCAGUAAAGCGCGUUCGCUGCUCUAACGUCCACGCACUUCAUCGGGUUGACAUCUAUUUUUGGCUUCAUAAAGUAAAUGUGUCACACUUGAACUUCAAAAGUGUGGUAAAACAGCUGUCUGCGUGUCGCUCAACACUCUUGCAGUUUAUUUUGAGCGAGAAUAACCAGUUUUCCAUUUUUACAACCGAUCGCGGCAACUAAUUUCAAGGCGCAUACAUACAUACAUACAGACAUACUUAUGUAUGUUUGUCUCGUGACAAUCUGUUUGUGUUAUUCUAAUUUUUGUGGUGCAUUAUUGUAUUUUUUGUGUAUACGAGUAUAUUUAAAAAAGGCACGACUCAAAAAGUGGUGUUUCCAGUUUUCAACGUCCGCAUAUGUUUAAGCCAAUCUCAGGUGGAACAACCAACCGUUUUCAUUGAACAGACAGUGUAGUGGCCGCUUAUAAAAAAGGAACCAAAAAUCUUUAGUAAUAAUGGCCGAAACAAAUGUCGUAAAACCAGAAGAAUUGCAGUCUUUAACAACAAAAAAUGGGAAAACGCCACAGAUUGUAUCCGGACUCAAUCGGCCAGCGAAGCAUAUACCGCUUGGUGAACAGACCCGUGCUGUACGUCGACAAACAUUUAUGGUCGUUUUGGGUAACAUCGGUUUGCUCUCAGCCGGCAUGGCGCUUGGUCUACCAACAGUUACAAUGAGACAGUUGACUGAUCCCAAUGAAGCGGUUCAUCUGAGCGAGUCACAGGCCUCGUGGUUCGCCUCGAUUAAUACGCUUUCUUGUCCUCUCGGUGGUCUGCUCUCCGGUAUGCUAUUGGACAAAUUGGGACGAAAAAAUACUCUAUAUGUGUUAAAUGUUAUUGCUCUCACUGCAUGGGCAUUGAUGGCGUUUGCGGUAGAGAGCGAUGUGGAUAUUGUUUUCAUCCAGCUUAUGGUAUCGCGCUUUUGUAUCGGUAUUGCCAUGGGCAUCGCUAGUGCGCCGGUUGGUGUAUACUCGGCUGAAAUUAGCUUGCCCCGUAUCCGAGGACGACUCAUUCUGGGCACAUCGGUGUCAAUUGCUCUCGGUAUUUUGGUUAUAUACAUAUUGGGAUAUUUUAUCCGUAAUGAUUGGCAGUUGAUAGCAAUUAUUUGCUGCGUCUACCAAAUAGUGGCAAUGAUUUGCGUAAUUCCAAUGCCGGAAUCGCCCAGCUGGCUGGUAUAUAAAGGACGCCUUGAGGAAGCGAAAAGAGCGCUCAAUUACUUUCGCGGACUAGAGAGAUCCAGUGAAAUCGUGCAUCCUGAAGUUUUGGCUGAAUACAAUUUGAUGCAGAAAUCAAUUCAAUUGGGUGAAGGUGUAAAGAAGCCGCCAUUUUUGAAAUCUAUUCGCGAGCCGGAAGUGUACAAGCCAUUGUUAAUACUCAUGGGUCUCUUUGCCUUCCAACAGUUAACUGGCAUCUUCGUCGUCGUCGUUUAUGCUGUGCAGAUUUCACAAGAGGCUGGCGUUUCCAUUGAUCCUUUCAUGUGUGCCAUAAUGAUAGGCAUAGGACGUGUAACCACUACUCUUCUACUCGGUGUUAUAUUAGAAAGAUGGGGUCGUCGACGCUCGGGCAUUGUUUCGGCUCUGGGCAUGUGCGUGUGUAUGUUCCUGUUGGCUGGUUACAGUUGGGUUUCGUGGCUGCAAAGCAUACCAUACUUGCCCGUCAUUGCCAUUAUCGCCUUCAUUGUACUAAGCACAUUCGGACUGUACACGUUACCAUUCUUCAUGAUAUCUGAGCUCUUCCCACAGAAAGUACGCGGUGCAGCUUCAGGCUUAACAGUGGCGGUUGGCAUGUGUUUUGCCUUCAUCUGCAUUAAAACAUAUCCCGCGAUGAAGAACGCCUUGGAUAAUGAAUAUUGUUUUGUCAUUUAUGGUAUAAUGGCGUUUGUAGCUGCGAUUUAUGUGUACGCGGUGUUGCCGGAGACUCGCGGCCGCACCCUACUCGCCAUUGAAGACCAGUUUCGCACUGGUGUCAAAUCGCAGCGUUAUCAAGCGGCUCCAGUGGAAAUGCAGGAAGUAUCGAUCAAAUAAGUUAAGGGAAAUGUUUUAUUUACAAUAAUUACUUAUUCUGUAACUGUAAUGUAUUUAGGAAGUGAAAGUGAUUUUUAGUGAAAGUGUUUGCAAAAGAUUUGCAACACGUUGCAAAUGCUGCCAAUUAAUGAUUAGAAAAAUAAAUUAAUUUGCAUUUUUUAUGUAUAAAAACACAAACAAAAUUAAGCGAGAAGAAUUUAAGUUUAUGCACAUACAUACAUAUUCAUAUGCACAUAUGUACGUAUAUAAAUUAAUCUGUGAUAGGUCGAUUUGCUUAUAUAGAAUUUCAUUACAUUUAGUCAUACGCACAAUAAAUCCACAAUAAUUAAGCUUAGAAUAAAGAAACAUUCGUUCAUAUGUGCGUAUAUAUGUAUGUAUAUGUGCAUAUUUAUGCGUAUAAUAAAGAAUCGUAUAAUUUUUAACUA